AUGACUGUCGACAUGGAAAAAUGCAAACGCAUAGUGCAAUAUUUCUGGGACCCAGAACCCAGAAAUGACGCACCCGAAGCGACGAUAUGGUGCCUGGGCAAAGAGUACUCCCCCCAGCAACUCACCAGAGACGAGGCCACCAACAGCAAGCGCAGUCCUUCAUGGCAACUUGAUGCUAGCACCUCAAAUGACACGGCAUGGCCGAAGGCAUUCGUCUCUGAUUUUGGGUCGAGGAUAUGGAUAACAUACAGAUCAAACUUCACGCCAAUACCUCAAACAAAAACGCCGGAAUCAACAUCCUCAAUGACACUAGGAGUACGCUUGAGAAGUCAACUGAUGGACCCUCGAGGCUUUACAUCAGAUACAGGGUGGGGCUGCAUGAUUAGGUCCGGACAAAGCCUUCUGGCGAAUACAUUCUCGGUGCUAUUGCUGGGUCGAGAUUGGCGCCGAGGGGAAAAAGUGGAAGAGGAGUCAAAGCUAAUAUCAAUGUUCGCCGACCACCCAGAUGCCCUCUUCUCAAUACAUCGAUUUGUCAACAGCGGCGCAGAAUCAUGUGGGAAAUACCCAGGUGAAUGGUUUGGACCUUCCGCGACCGCGAAAUGUAUCCAGUGUGUGGCAUCAACACAAGAAAUGUCGAAUUAUGCUGAUGGCAACAGAUUGCUUUCAACCCAAACCGCCUGUCCCCAGCUCAGAGUCUAUGUAACUAAUGACACAUCGGAUGUCUACGAGGACAACUUUGCACAUGUGGCUCACGACAAAUCAGGCAGAAUUCAGCCGACACUCGUUUUGAUUGGAACCCGAUUGGGGAUCGAUCAUGUCACUCCGGCGUAUUGGGAUGGACUACGAGCUGCACUGACAUAUCCCCAAUCGGUCGGCAUCGCAGGUGGACGCCCAUCGGCAUCGCAUUAUUUCGUAGGAGCUCAAGAUUCCUACCUCUUCUUCCUCGAUCCCCAUACCACUCGACCUGCAACAGCAUAUCGACCAGAUGAGCUUUACACCCAAGAGGAAUUGGAUAGCUAUUACACCAACCGACUACGAAGAAUCCAUAUCAAGGACAUGGACCCUAGCAUGCUGAUCGGGUUCCUCAUCAAGGAUGAAGAUGACUGGAUUGACUGGAAGAAACGGAUCCAAUCAACGCCACGGCAACCCAUCGUUCACAUAGUUCCUAGCCAGCACCGGCCAGACCGUGACUAUGGCCGCGCUGAGGCUCUUGAUGAAGUUGAGGCGCUGGACGAUUCAGAUGAAAUGGAGUAA